AUGUGUGCGCGCGUGCAAGUUCAGAUUUUCCCGCUGCAUAUGCUGGGCAUCUGGGUGUUUUUAGAGCUCGGCGUGUCGGUUCUAUUUGACAGUGAAUUUCAGGCGAAGGUUGAGGAGAUUGACGACAUUGAUGUCUGUUCCAGUGAUCCAUUUUUUGCAUAUGCAAUAGCAAAUGAUAGAGAACUAGUUCUUUCUGAAGAACAAAAGCAGAACUUCAGAAAGGUGAAAGAGGAGGAGGAUGCAAAUCUUGACAGAAAGCAUCAACAUCACUUGAAGCAGAAGAGACAAAAGAAGAGAUGCAGGAAGACUGUUCAGAAAGAAUAUAUGACUGAUCAAGAUGCAAGCUCAGAUGUGCAAAAUGUGUUGAACAAGAUAGCAUGUGAAAACGGUGAAAUUGUUGCUGAUGAUGGCGUUACUGUUCAAAAUUUGAAGAAUGAUAUGCUUGAAGGUCAUGGCACUGAUAAUCCAGACAAGGGAAGGCAAAUAGCUAAUGGCUCGACUUCAUUGCUUGCAGAAACUGCUUUCCCUAAUUCCAAUGAGGAGAUAAGCUUUAGUAAUAAGAGGAGUCGGACAGUCAUUAUAGACAGUGAUGAUGAAGCCCAGUUGGUAGAUGAUUCACUCCAUUGCGUCGCUAAUAAUGAGCAAUCUGUUUCAAAGGAUUCAGGGGACGCUCCUUAUUCGUUUAAUAGGAAAUUACAUUGCACAGCUUGUGGUAAAGUGGCUGGUGAGGUGCAUGCGCACCCUCUGCUGAAAGUGAUCAUUUGCAAUAGUUGUAAAUAUAUGGUGGAAGAAAAGAUGCAUGUGAAGGACGCUGAUUGCUCCGAGUGUUAUUGUGGAUGGUGUGGAGGAAGCGGUGACUUAUUAAGCUGUAGAGCUUGCAAAACAUUAUUUUGCGCCAUUUGCAUUCAAAGGAACUUUGGUGAAGUAUACCUGUCCAAGGUCCAGGCCUCUGGCUGGAACUGCUUCAGUUGCUCUCCAAGUGUCUUGCACAAGCUAAAAUUAGCAUUGGAUGAAGCCAUGAAAUCUGGGGUUUCAGUGGUUUCUAGCUCCGAUACUGAUUCUGAUACUUCAGAUGCAGACAUUAAUAUUCCAAUCAGGUCAAAGAGAAAGCGUAAAAAGAAAAUUCGUAGAAUACUUGAUGAUGCUGAACUUGGUGAAGAAACCAAGAGGAAAAUCGCAAUAGAGAAGGAACGUCAAGAACGUUUGAGGUCUUUGCAAGUUCAAUUUUCUGCCAAAUCCAAUAUUCCGAAUUCUCCAAGUCGUUCAUUUAGCUUGUCAGAGGGUGCUGCUAUCGACAUACUUGGUGACACCUCCACGGGUUUCAAAGUGAAUGUGGUGAGAGAAAAGAGUGAAGAAGCUGUGAGGAUUCCACCAAGUAUUUCAUCAAAGUUAAAAGCUCAUCAGGUUGCAGGGAUUAGGUUUAUGUGGGAAAAUAUUGCGCAGUCAAUUAGAAGAGUAAGGUCUGGGGAUAAAGGCCUCGGUUGCAUCCUAGCUCACACCAUGGGCCUCGGUAAAACAUUUCAGGGUUUAAAAGACGAUGGACAAGCUCGCACUAAACCGGUCAAUGUGGAAUCCAAUUCGGGAUUUUACUUGGGAGCUAGAAGGAAGGAAUUGGUUUGGAAGGAAUUAGGAGAAGAAAGGACCACGAGUAAAGAACGGGAAGAUUGCAAAAUUGGAAGGAAGUACGAUUUUUUGGUUAGACGCAUCGAUUCGGCUAAGCAUUCUCUUCUCAGUUUCCCUGUACUGGACAAGUUCGUAAAGAUCUUUGUACUAAGGUUAAUGAAUGAAGAUCAAUCUUGCAAGGCCUAACACUGAACUCAGCCUUAUUAAAGAAGUGGUCACCAAUGUCAAGGAAAGCCCGAGGAAAAAGGUUUAACAGUGCUGCGUAAAUGAGAUGAGCAGACUAGAGAG